AUGUUUGCUCUGCCUAAAGAUGCAGGGAAGAAAAGCUCUAAAAGAGUUUCAUUUAGUCCUUGUCUAGUCCAAGGACCUUCUAAUGGGAGUUCAGGCUCAGGUGGAGCUACAGUAGAUGUAUCAGAUGCAUCUUCUUCAGAAUCUGAUACUAAGGAAGGAAGUUCUCCUCAAGGUGGAGCUUCUUCAAAGGAAGAGUCUUCAGAAGUAGAGUCUUCGGAUUCAGAGAAAGAUGAAGGAGACAGUGUCUACGAUUUGGCACCAGUUUCAGAACACAUCCUAACCAGAGAUAGAAUUCAAAGGCAAAGGAAAAAACCUGCUAAAUACUCAGAUUCCAAUUUUGUAUCAGAGGUUGCAGCGGUUUCAUCAGUCUUCAGGUCGAGUCGGUUUAGAACGCAGAGAGAAGUCGGAAGGACUUCGGAAUCUCAGGGUGCUCCGGUCAGAUUCGAAGCGAAAGGGUUUUUGCUGAUGAUGCAAGGACGACGCAUCUGUGGGUUUUCAUCAGGUUCGUUGAAGCUGCAAGAUUGCAUGAUUCUGGAGAAUAAGUCGAAAGGGAGACUUACAGAUGACAGUCACGACGGUGAUGGUGCGAGGUGCAGCGCCGGAGAGACAUCCGCGACGAAGAGGUUACGGCGAAGGGAUUGUGUAUCGCCGAAGAAGAGAAGAGAAAAGGGCCCAAGAGUGUAA